GCUUUCCUUGCAUGCACCUAGGGUUAGUUGUACAAACUAAUGAAACCGAUUUCGGGGUUAGGGAAUACUAGGGUUUUACUCUACCUCUCUGAUCGGUUAAUGGUGUAUAGGCAAUCGAGUUCAUGAGUCAUGCAAUUGAUGUUUUUUUGAUGUUGAAAAAGGAAACUAGCUAGUUGCAAACUUGGUAUGGCACUUACAGGGGAUGACAGCAUGGCUGAUGUAUCGUUUGUGUUUUGAAUGGAGCCAGAAUUGUAUUUGGAUGUUCCUCAAGCUGUGGCAUUGCGAAGCUUCUGAUGUUAGACCGUAGUUCUGCACACCGCCCAUCCAUAGUAUAUAGGCCAAUUCGACCCUCUGAUAUUGAAAUUCUUGAGCAGAUUCAUGUUAACUUAUUCCCAAUAAGUUCUCUGGAUAUUCAUAGGUAUGAGAGAGAAUUCUUCUUGAACGUUGUCAAUAGCCAUGGAAUUGUCUCGUGGGGUGCUGUUGAUAUCAGCAGGCCAAAUGGUGAAAGUGAUGAGCUUAUUGGAUUUGUCACUACAAGAAUAAUCGCAGCAAAAGAUAGUGAGAUUGAAGAUUUGGUUAGGUACAAUAGCCCAAGGAAAGAUCUAACACUUGUUUAUAUCUUAACUCUUGGUGUAGUAGACGAGUACAGAAACCUGGGGAUUGCUACUUCGCUUGUUCAAGAGGUAAUAAAAUAUGCUACAAGUAUAUCAAAUUGCAGAGCAGUGUACUUGCAUGUCAUUUCUUACAAUCAGCCUGCCAUCAAUUUCUACAAGAAGAUGUUAUUUAAGCUUGUAAGAAGGCUGCCAAAAUUUUACUAUAUUAGAGGCCAGCAUUAUGACUCGUACUUGUUUGUGUACUAUGUUAAUGGUGGUCGGUCGCCUUGCUCACCACUGGAAAUUGUGGUUGCAUUUGCGGUAUACUUCAGGGGAUUCUUAAAGAAGGUGCUUGCAAAGAUAUGGAAACAUGAGGAGAAAAAUAUCCCUAGAUGGUCCAGAUGUAAAGAAGCAAGCACUCUUUUAGUAACCCAGAACAAGAGGAUACUUGGUGGUGGAGAUACUACUUGUCAGUGUGUUUAACUAGCUUUUGAGUCAGUGACCUCCUACCAUUUCUUCUUCUUUUUUUUUUUUAACAGAAACUUAAUUUGGCAUCAAUGGAAUUAAAAAAUCACACCUCCUUUUAUUGCUUGUUGUUGUAUCCUUGCUUCACUUAGCAUGAUGUUUAUUCUGUAAAAUUAUAUUUCAGUUAACUUAUCCUGGUAUAUCAAUUA